CCGGAAGAGGAAAAACUCGACCGGGACCGUGAUAAAGACCACAGACAGCAUACGGGCGCCACCGGCAAGGGUGCGGGUUCUAGCGUAUCCAAUGCGAAGGCAAGCCGGAAGGAGGCAACGACGGGCGGGCAACGGCACGAGGGCCGCCCAGACCAGAAAGACCAAUGCCACGCGGGCGGACACCAUUACCACCGGGAGAGUCGCAACAACUUCCACAAGUCGUACGAUCGGAGCUGGGAAAAGUGGGAGAAGUUCCGCGAGAAGAAGAUGGAGAUGAUGAAGGCCCACAAGUACAACGUGGAGCACCGGCUGAAGUACGACAACCAGGAGCGCAUCCUCUACCGGCACCAUUUCAACUACUACCCGGUGAAGCGACCCCGGCCGCGUAAAACCUCCCUCGAGCCCAACUGGUACACGGAGAACAUUUACUCGAACCAAUCCAUCGACAACUCGGACGGUGAGCUGGGCGUGGGCUUCCAGCGCCCCAUGCCACAUCUGACGUCCGGCGCACCGGGCGGGCGGGAUAUCAACGGUAACAUGAGCAUGGGUGGACUGGAGGACGACGGUAUCUUUACGAUCGAUGGCCAUUUCGAGCGGCGGCACAACUAUCCAAAAUCCAACAGCUGUUGCUUCGGCGUUAACCGCAUGCGCGACAUUGACGAGCUCGGCGAUGGGUUGGAGCGCGAUGGGUGGACGGAGCGUUACCCAAAGAUACCGAAAUCCUACUCGUUCAGUACGUCCCGCAGCAUGGGCGUCGGGUUCAACAUGGCGAAGCUGUACAACCGCAACAGCUUUGAGAUGCCGGAAUUCCCGAGCCAUCGCCGGCGCCACCCGGAAGGGGGUCGGGCGGUCGUGCGGCUCUGCGACCGGGAGGGUUGCUUCAACGAGACGUGCUUCAGCAAGGACGAGAAGAACUUUUACAACAACAAUAAUCUACACAACAAUAACGUAAAUAAUAACAAUAACAACAUGCACAGCACCAUCAACAACAACAACGGCAGCAGCAACACGUAUCGGCACAACAACAGCAACAUCAUUAGCGAGUGGAAUCUGCGGAAUCGAAACAAUCUGCGGAUCGGUGCGGGCGGUGUGGGUGAUGCUAUUGCACCACGGCCACAGUACGUCAUGGAGGAGGACUUUGAUCUGUUCGACGAGGACGACGAUGACGGGGAGGACGAGGAGGCCACCGAUCGGGAGGAUCAGGAGGAGAUGGAGAGUGAUCUGAACACGCUUUACGCCGAGGAUCGUCAUUCGAUCGCCUGCGGUGACUACGGUGGAGUGGCCCGCGAACUGUACGGCCAUCCAUCGCGGGCAGGAGGUGCGGGCCACGCAGCCGAUCUGUAUCGGGGGCAACGCUCGAAACCGCUGCACCGUGGGCGGCUCGAUCGUGUGGCGAAGUACGCGGACGCGGAGUACACCGACAACUACAGACGAUCGUUUGAGGAUUUCUUCAACCAGAACUGCUGCAUCGAGCGGAACCAUCGGCAGCUGCAGGACGCCGGACGGUUCCUGCUGAAGGCCCCCGUUACGCCGCCGAAGAACAAGAGCAUGCUGGAGGUGAAGCCACCGAAUCGCUUCGAUGACACCUCGUCCGACUCGACCGAUCUGGAGCUGGAUGAUUUUAACUUCGACUUUGAGAAGUAUUGGGAGGAGCUGGAGAAACCGUCCCCCACGUCACCGAGCGAGCUGGAGGAGCGCAAGAGCGCGGGUCGGAGUGCGAUGGCCGGCGGGACGGCGGCCCCCACCAAGAAGGUGAAGAACGUCAAUCUCAGCCGGUGCUACAACAACGGUACGGUUAUCGACAUCUACCACGACGAUGAUCCGUACCAUCGGGACCACUACCACUACCGGGAGGGUGGCAUCGGCAAGGCGACCAAUCACAACCACAGCCACCGGCAUCGCACCGGGCCGGCGGCGAGGAGUAAAGGGUCGCGCCACAAGGUUUAUCCGGCGGAGCGUGACAAGCGGCUGGCGGAAGACACUGGCCACCUUUCCGACAAGGGACCGGCCGCGCAUGAGCCCAACGGUGGCAAGACGCUGGACGCAGCCGGGAACGCGAUAGGCGGCAACAGCAAUGCGAUCAGCUUCCUCAACAACAUCUUCUCGAUCUACAAGCCGAACAAGUACUCGCCGCUCAACUGUCACGUGGAGCAGAACUAUCUGAAAAACAUACCCGCGAAGAAGAUGAACAUUGUGGCAAGUUCGGCCAGCCGACCGUUGGGGGCUGGCGGUGACACCCGCCACACAGCCGGCGGUGAUCCAUCCUCGACCAAGCGGCCGCUGACGGUGCACCCGAGCAAACCGUCCGUUGCGUCGGUGGCGACGGCGGCCCGGCGCAAUGCGUCCCGCCCGCAGCCCACCAAGGACCCGCAGGCCCGGUUCCAGAUCAUACCGGAGAAGACGGGCGUCAAGAUUUCGCCCCUUUAUCGGCUGGAUGCGCAGGACUAUAGGCGGGCGCGCUAUAAACUGAAAAGCACCUCCCGGCCCCUGUCAUUCUGGUGAAAAUUGCUCGACUGUUCGUACUAUUCGGAUGGCCGGCUGGACGGAUUGCCGGUGGUGAAGAAGACGCGGCGUCACACCAAGUAUCUCAAGUACUGAAAAACGGCGAAGAUACCAAACCAAAAGGAACAACAACAACAAAAACCAAACCGCGCACACAACAACACCUCCAACGGAGGUCUUUCUGUCACCACGUCACCACGUCACUCGUACAUAAAAAAAAACCGAACGACAUCUGCCGUUGCUCAGACGUUGCUCCAUCUCUCGGCUCCAAGCAUAACCUCCCCAACAUAUACCGAUCAACCCAACAUCGGGAAGCAUUGCCGAAAGCGAUCGCCAUUUUACCACCCCACACAACCACCACCACCUUACCACCGCCCACCCCUUCAAAAGCACGCAACCAUUCACCAUCACCAUUGUAUUGGCUGUACAUCCAGAUCGGUGUCUUUCGAUGUUCUUUGUAUCAGUGUGUGUGUGUGUAUGUAUCAUUGUCACCAUUGUCCUUUAGCGCGCGGAUUGCGAGGAGUUAAACCAAAAAAAGAAAGGACGAUCCCCCAAAACAAACCAAACCAUUUGCCAUCUGCCACUAACUCGCAUAAACAACAAGAAGAAAAAAAAAGACAAAACAAAACAAAAACAUAUAACAAAAAAAUCGAUUUUGAUACAUUUUUGCCUCCCGUUGGUCGGGAGCGAGUUUUUUAUAGCAAACAACAAAAACGAAACGAACAAAGCGAACCCCGGCCCGGCAACACAAAAACAAACAACCAACCAAAGACCAAACAAAAACAAAACAACAAACGCGCAUUGUUACACUGGGUCAAGAUGCGGGAUGGGGGUGUUUAAAAAUGGUGGCGCACACGUUCAUCCACGCAACGAAGCGAUCGACGCGAUCGCUGCGCAGAUCGCAGACGAUACACACCCCCGCGGCGCGCGCAAACAAAUUUUGAUAGCAAAAAACGCCGACGUUGCGCCAACGAGUUACGCCUAGCAAAAUGCAUUUAUUUGGAGAAACUUUAUAGCGCAAAAGGUUCCGAACCUCCACAAGACCCGGGAGUGAGGGAAAGGAAGGAUGAGGAAGUAAAUUUGCCUUUUAAAAGGUGUGCUGAUAAACAACGUAUCUUUACAAAACAAACUCCCCCCCAUUCAACUCCAAUUCCCUUGCAUAGUU